CCGAUGUCUUCGAUGAGCUCAACGCUGAGUUUAGGAACUUGCCAAAAAUGUAACCUCCAAGCAGUUGUAAAUAUAACCUCCAAGCAGUUGGUGUAGAAAUUUCCCUAUUUCACUUGUUAAUGUAGUUUAAAAUGAGUAUUUUUCAAGAUGACAACAUUAACGGCUGGAAUUAGAGUAAUCAGAGACGUAUUAGUUGAAUACAUCGAUAUUGACUACUCACUAUGGCUAACUUGGAUGCUAACUCCUCUGUUAUUAUCGUUUCUCUUGCCUUUUGUUAUAAUAUUGCUAUUUUGCACUACUGCAAUGAUUCUAUAUGUAUAUAAGCACAGGGAAAAAUUAAGGGGUCUCAGCGAACUAGAUUUUUGGAAUCGUGCGAGGAAGACUGUUGCAUUACUCUGGGAUGCCCAUGGAUGGGUGUGGUAUGGUUAUGAGAUUGAAGGCCUAGAAAACCUACCAGAUGGUGGUGCACUUAUUGUUUACUACCAUGGCACUUUACCAGUAGAUCUUUACUAUUUUAUAGCUAGAGUUUACCUCAUGAAAAACCGCCUGGUACAAACUGUAGCUGAUAGAUUUCUUUUCAAUGUUCCUGGAUGGAAUAUAAUUUCAGAAGGUAUAAAGGUGAUACCUGGUACUGUGAACACUUGCUGUCAGAUUGUGGAAUCUGGUCAUUUACUGGCAGUUUCUCCUGGUGGAGUGUAUGAAGCCCUGUUUGGUGAUCAGAGCUACCCGAUUAUGUGGAAAUCCAGAGUGGGGUUUGCUAAAGUAGCAUUACAAGCAAAAGUUCCAAUUAUUCCCAUGUUUACUGAAAAUGUACGUGAGGCAUUCAGAACAAUGGCUCCAAUGAAAAGUCUCUGGCUGAAAUUAUAUAACUGGACAAGGCUUCCAAUUAUGCCAAUAUAUGGUGGAUUUCCUGUCAAGUUAGUUACCCAUCUUGGCAGUCCUCUUUUACCAUCACCUAACAGCACUCCACAGCAACUGCAGAAAGAGUGUGCUGAAGCCAUCAGUGCACUAAUAGAGAAACAUCAGAGAUUGCCUGGAUGUAUGAUGCUAGCUGUUGCUGAUCGUUUGUACAGGAAGCCUAAGCUUGACUGAUUUUCCUUCAUCCGUUUUUUUUUUUGUACUUAAAUUUCUUUAACAUUUUAUUGGUAGUUAUGUACGUUGAUUUAUAUUGGUAAAUGUUUACUUUAUAGAGCGAUAAACCUGGAAUAAAUUAAUUUUCGAUCUGUUGAUGUUGAUUUAUAACUAUAAAUUUUUGAAUACCCAUGAAAUUUAAACAGAAUAA